CCAACUUCUUCUCACCUUCCACCACCUUGCUGGAGAGGACUUCAUAUAUACUUCCCUCCAUCAAACAUUCUCGCUUCCUUUCACAUCAUUAUUCUGAUUAUUCAGUAAUUAUAAUCAGAUCACUCAUAUUAAUUAUAAAUGGAGGAUCAUCAUCAACAGCAUAAUUCACCUCCAUUAACCUCCCAAUUGCCGCCCUUAUCGUUACCAUUCUUGUUGCCCCCGCCAUCCCAAAACCCUCCUCUUCCUCCUCCCUAUCUCUUCACAUCCUCGUCAUCCUCCUCAUUGAUGACCAACCCUCCUGAUCUUCUAGACACUGACUGGUUCAGCCUUCUCUCUGGUGGUACUCAAGCGGCUGGCUGGCUUAGUCAUGAUCAGAUUAAUAAUAGUUUUAAGCCUAUGGCUAUGGUGGAUAAAAAUAUUAGUGGCUCUGCUGGGAAUAUUAUUAGUGAAGCUGCGGAUCAGGAAGAAAAGGUGGGUAUUAAAAGGAAAGCUGGGGGUAGGAUGAGAAAAGCAGCGGCAAGCCGACCUAGGUUUGCGUUCCAGACUCGGAGUACGGAUGAUAUUCUUGAUGAUGGCUACCGCUGGAGAAAAUAUGGACAGAAAGCGGUCAAGAACAGCUCAUAUCCCAGACAGGACGGGACAGGACGAAAUGGAAUAGGACGGGACAGGACGGGACGGAACGGAGAGGGAGCGAAGAUGUCGUUGGAUGAAAACAAGGAGGAAGAAGGAGACGAAGAGGUUAUUUUUUUGUGUUCCACGAAUGUGGAACGAGUUGUUCCAAGGGGGUGA